AGCAAAUAUCCUAAUUACAACAGAUGAUGCUUAUCUCUCAUGACUAAUAACCAAAUGUAGCACAAACCGUGACUUACUUAAAAAACUUAAAAAAAAUUCCCAAUGGUUGCAAGUGACGAAACAAUCAUUAUAAAGGACGAAGACACAAAUUACCAAAAAUGCGAGUUGUGUGAUUCCGUCCCCGUAUACUUGACCAAACACAAACAGCGGAAAAAAAGUCGCACAAGGAAAUCCUCCAACCCCAACCACCGCCUUAUCCUCAAAACGGGCGACUCAGUAGUCCACCAAACAAAACGGCCGUUCCUUACCGUCAUUUACGUCCACGACUUGGUCAACACUUUGAUUGUGAGCGACUGGAAGUGGACUCUAAUCGCACUUUCCAUAACUUACCUCGUGCUUUGGUUCGUGUUUGCGUACGUCUGGAUGAUGGUUUCGCUAAAUAACGGGGACUUGGAUGCGGGGAAUGCCACGAAACCGUGCCUGAACGGCAUCCAGUCCUUCGCCGGUUAUCUGCUCUUCAGUAUAGAAACACAGACGACCAUCGGCUACGGCACGAGAUACAUCAGCCAGAACUGUCCCGAAGCGGUCCUGAUUUUCUGCAUCCAGAUCGUGACAGGAGUUGGGAUUUGCGGGGUUCUGAUCGGGAUUGUUUACGGGAAAAUCACAGCUCCCCGGAAAGUUUCCGCCCGGCAUUGCUUCAGCAAAUACGCCACUAUUUGUCAAAGGGACGGCCAGUUUUGCCUCGUUUUCCGGGUGCGGGACGAAGAGAAACGCUACCAAUGCCACAACAAAAUCAAAGCUUUUGUGAUAGUUAGACGCGAGAAGGAGCCGUUUCUCAAAUCGAUUCAACUCAUUUCUCCCGGGAUUAUGAUCUGGCCGCUUGAGGUCGUGCACGAAAUCAACGCAAAAAGCCCAUUUUGGGAUUUUUCAGCCAGGGAUUUGAUCCUGAAAAAGUUUGAGAUUGUUGUUUCAAUGGAGGGUGUUUCGCAAACAACGUCCAAAAUGUCUCACGUGACAGCGUCGUAUUUGAAUAGCGAAAUUUUGUGGGGGCAUACGUUCAAACCGUGCACUUUUUACGACAAACAGAAGGGUUGUUUUGUGGUUAAUCAUAAACUGUUCAACAGUACUAGAGAAAUUUUAAUGCCUCUGUGCAGCGCACGGCGGUUGAGUCAAGUCAGGGAGGAGCUUGCGGACUUAGUUAUAAUUCAAAGUUCCGGUAGCUUUGACGUCGAUCCGCUAUUUCAGAGUCUUUGGAACUUCCUCGAAAAUUAUCACGAAACCUCUUUGUAACAAUUUUAAAACUAUUUGGUUUAAAAUCAAAAGAGAGCCAUUAAAAGACUUUUUAAGAAAUUUAUAAAACUGCUUGUUUUAAGACACGUCAAAGAGUUUUAUUGUUUUGUAAAACCUGAUCGGAAGUGAUAAAAGAUUUUAUGAGAGCUGUGAUAUUACAAGAAAUAUAUUUCUCGGAGCACAUUACGUAUUUAUACAUACUUACUUAUACAACACCAUAUCUAGGCAGACGGCCAGCUUUCUGAUAAAAUGUACUAAGAAAAUUUAAACGUCUUUUAUAAAUCUCAAACUUUUUAUUUUUAUUUAAAAAUAUUUAUUUUUAAAAAUUGUAUUAAAAAUCGCCGAUAAUAAUUUUUUAAAUUGAUUCUAGUAGACUUUUUGAGUGAUAAUACUAGGUUCUACUGCUAACACAAAAACACAACAAUUUAUUAUCACCAUUUAUUUAAUGGAAAAGAAGUGCAUUUUUUAUUUUAAAUUAAACAGCAGUCAAAUUUUUAAAACCUUUUAGUUUUGUAAUAAUUUUAUAAGCCUUCUCGAAUUAUAACCGUGUUCAAAGCAGAGUUGAUUUAAUUUUGAGUUAAAGAUUUUGAGUUAAUUAAAUAACUUCGGGUAAUCGUUUUAAUUUGUCAGAAAUUGCUGUUUAAAAAAUAUAUACAACGCAGUUCUAAUAGAGCUUUUGUGAAAAAAAUAUGUAUUUUCUUACAACGAAAAAGUUUGAUCAAUUCUUAAACACUUAAGUAAUAAUAGUUUUGUUACAUUUAUUGACCAGUUAAGAUUGUUUGGGAGUAAAAAGUUUUAAAAAUGACAACAAGGCAACUACAACACUUAUAAAACUUUUGUUAAAACUAUCUUAAGAGUUUAUGGUUUUAAUAUUUUUUAAUGAGUCGAAUUGGCUGUCAGUUUAACUUUAUAAAACUAAAGAGUUUUAAAAGACACAAAAUAAGCCACUAUAUAGUUUUAAAACUUCUUUACAAACUGUCUUCAUAAAACUUUUUAUAAAACGUAAUAGGUUUAAACAGCAUAUAAAUUGCUAUUUGGGACGAGAAUUAGGG